GUGUUGGAACUCACGAAAAGGUUGAAGAUUCUGUGUCAAGAAAGCAGUUAAUUAUUACAUUAACAUCACCUCGGGAAAAUAUCAUCUGGACCUUUUCUACUUGCUAUAGCAUCUGAGAUAACCUCAUAGGACAGAAAUAAUAUGGAGCUGAAGCUUUACAAUAGCCUGACCCGUAAAAAGGAGGUAUUUACACCCCAAAAUGGAAUGAAUAUCACGUGGUAUUCAUGUGGUCCUACAGUCUAUGAUGCUUCCCAUAUGGGGCAUGCACGCUCAUAUAUGUCAUUUGACAUCCUAAGACGAGUCUUAAGUGGCUACUUUGGUUAUGAUAUUACCUAUGUUAUGAAUAUCACUGAUAUUGAUGACAAGAUCAUUAAAAGAGCAAGACAAAAUUAUUUGUACCAAAAGUAUGCUGCAGAGAUGCGUGAUCUAGACACCCUCCAAACAGAUGUCAAGGAUUCUGUUGAUCGCCUUUCCAAGCAAAUGCAAGCUACCACCGAUCCCGACAAGAAGGUCAUGCAAGAGAAGGCACUAGUCAAAGUAACAGCCGCGCUCAAGAACUUGACUGAAACAAUCCAGCUUGGCCAUGAGUUAUCCGAAGCAAAGAGCUUUUUACUCACUGAAGCUAAAGACGUUUUGAGCGACUGGCUUGAUUCAAAAUUUGGCAAGGAUGUUACCGAUAAUGCAAUUUUUGCAUCCCUUCCGCGACACUGGGAAGAAGAAUUUUACAAAGACAUGGCUGCCCUCAAUGUCUUACCUGCCGAUGUAAUUACUCGCGUAAGCGAAUACGUCCCCGAGAUUGUGGACUAUAUUGUGCGAAUCAUUGACCGUGGACUGGCCUAUGAAGCAAACGGAUCAGUAUACUUCGAUGUCGCCAAAUUUGAUUCACAGAAGAAUCACAGGUAUGCGAAAUUGGUACCUGAAGCUUAUGGUGACUCUAAAGCACUGCAAGAAGGAGAAGGUGACUUGAGCGUGUCUGAAGAUCGUUUGAGUGAAAAAAAAUCACCCAACGAUUUCGCCUUGUGGAAAACUUCCAAGAGCGGGGAACCUUCUUGGGACUCGCCUUGGGGAAAAGGUCGUCCUGGAUGGCAUAUCGAGUGCAGUGUAAUGGCAAGUGCCAUCCUCGGAUCGUCGAUGGACAUCCACACUGGAGGCGUGGAUCUAAAAUUUCCCCAUCAUGACAACGAAAUGGCGCAAUCAGAAGCUUAUUACGAUAACGACCAAUGGGUUCGUUAUUUUCUACAUACUGGCCAUCUAACCAUUCAGGGUUGCAAAAUGUCCAAAUCCCUUAAGAAUUUUAUCACCAUCCAAGAUGCGUUAAGUCGCAAUAGCAGUCGUGAAUUACGCAUUUUCUUCCUGCUUCAUCAGUGGAAAGAAACAUUGGACUACAGCGAUACCGCAAUGGAAGAAGCAUCUAGCUACGAGAAAAUGCUAAGGGAAUUCUUUCUUAAUGUAAAGGAUCUUCUCAGAAAUGGUCCUUCAUCAAGUACAGCACCAGAAAAUUUUCAAAAAUGGAGCAAAGACGAAGAAGAAAUUAACAACCGGUUCGUUGAAACUAAACAACGAGUACGAGAAGCCCUAUGCGAUAACAUAGACACCAAAACAUCUUUGGAUGCCAUCAAAAGCCUGAUAUCGACCUGCAACAAAUAUCUCGCCCAGUUGAAGCAAUCUGCCAAUCGCGUGCUCAUCAAAAGCAUCGCCGAAUAUAUUACGCAACUGUUUCAAAUUUUUGGUGUAAUUGAAGGCAAGGAGAAACUCGGAUUUCCUUCCGAUUCCUCUGGUUUAGGUACUGCAAACGUUGAAGAAGCUGUAAUGCCUAUCCUUGGAGCUCUCGCAGAUUUCCGAGAAGAAGUGAGAAAAGAAGCUCGGCAGCUGCAAGCCACGCGAGUCCUUGAACUUUGCGACCAAAUUCGGGAUGACGUUCUGCCUAAUUUGGGCGUCAGGCUAGAAGACCGGGAAAACCAGCCACCCGCUCUCAAGCUCGUUCCUCGAGACGAGCUUCUCAAGGAGAAAGAAGACAAAAGAUUGGCCGAGGAAGCCAAAAAGGCGGAAAAGGAACGUAAAAAAGCUGAACUAGCUGCCAAAGAAGCCGAAAAGGAAGCAAAGCGGCGGGUUCCUCCUACGGAACUUUUCAAAAGCGAGACGGAUAAGUACUCGGCUUUUGACGAAAGGGGAAUGCCAACAUUGGACAACGAGGGCAAGGAAGUCAGUAAAGGCCAACUGAAAAAAUUGGAGAAGCAAUGGCAAGCCCAGGAAAAAAUUUACAACGCCUACCUGUUGGAAAGUGCAUCGAAGAACGAGAAUUGAUUUAUGUACUGUUACAGUUUGUUGGCUUUAAUAUCUAUCAAGUCAAUUCCAAAAUACAACUCUACAUUGCAACCAUUUAAUAUAAAUCAGGUUGCUUAAACCU